UUGAGAGUCUCUCUGCAGGUUGUGAGAACCCCAAGCCCUGUCAGUCUCAUUGAGAGUCUCUCUGCAGGUUGUGAGAACCCCAAGCCCUGUCAGUCUCAUUGAGAGUCUCUCUGCAGGUUGUGAGAACCCCAAGCCCUGUCAGUCUCAUUGAGAGUCUCUCUGCAGGUUGUGAGAACCCCAAGCCCUGUCAGUCUCAUUGAGAGUCUCUCUGCAGGUUGUGAGAACCCCAAGCCCUGUCAGUCUCAUUGAGAGUCUCUCUGCAGGUUGUGAGAACCCCAAGCCCUGUCAGUCUCAUUGAGAGUCUCUCUGCAGGUUGUGAGAACCCCAAGCCCUGUCAGUCUCAUUGAGAGUCUCUCUGCAGGUUGUGAGAACCCCAAGCCCUGUCAGUCUCAUUGAGAGUCUCUCUGCAGGUUGUGAGAACCCCAAGCCCUGUCAGUCUCAUUGAGAGUCUCUCUGCAGGUUGUGAUAACCCCAAGCCCUGUCAGUCUCAUUGCCAGUCUCUCUGCAGGUUGUGAGAACCCCAAGCCCUGUCGGUCUCAUUGAGAGUCUCUCUGCAGGUUGUGAGAACCCCAAGCCCUGUCAGUCUCAUUGAGAGUCUCUCUGCAGGUUGUGAGAACCCCAAGCCCUGUCGGUCUCAUUGAGAGUCUCUCUGCAGGUUGUGAGAACCCCAAGCCCUGUCAGUCUCAUUGAGAGUCUCUCUGCAGGUUGUGAGAACCCCAAGCCCUGUCAGUCUCAUUGAGAGUCUCUCUGCAGGUUGUGAUAACCCCAAGCCCUGUCAGUCUCAUUGAGAGUCUCUCUGCAGGUUGUGAGAACCCCAAGCCCUGUCAGUCUCAUUGAGAGUCUCUCUGCAGGUUGUGAGAACCCCAAGCCCUGUCAGUCUCAUUGAGAGUCUCUCUGCAGGUUGUGAGAACCCCAAGCCCUGUCAGUCUCAUUGAGAGUCUCUCUGCAGGUUGUGAGAACCCCAAGCCCUGUCAGUCUCAUUGAGAGUCUCUCUGCAGGUUGUGAGAACCCCAAGCCCUGUCAGUCUCAUUGAGAGUCUCUCUGCAGGUUGUGAGAACCCCAAGCCCUGUCAGUCUCAUUGAGAGUCUCUCUGCAGGUUGUGAGAACCCCAAGCCCUGUCAGUCUCAUUGAGAGUCUCUCUGCAGGUUGUGAGAACCCCAAGCCCUGUCAGUCUCAUUGAGAGUCUCUCUGCAGGUUGUGAGAACCCCAAGCCCUGUCAGUCUCAUUGAGAGUCUCUCUGCAGGUUGUGAGAACCCCAAGCCCUGUCAGUCUCAUUGAGAGUCUCUCUGCAGGUUGUGAGAACCCCAAGCCCUGUCAGUCUCAUUGAGAGUCUCUCUGCAGGUUGUGAGAACCCCAAGCCCUGUCAGUCUCAUUGAGAGUCUCUCUGCAGGUUGUGAGAACCCCAAGCCCUGUCAGUCUCAUUGAGAGUCUCUCUGCAGGUUGUGAGAACCCCAAGCCCUGUCAGUCUCAUUGAGAGUCUCUCUGCAGGUUGUGAGAACCCCAAGCCCUGUCAGUCUCAUUGAGAGUCUCUCUGCAGGUUGUGAGAACCCCAAGCCCUGUCAGUCUCAGCUCACCGUGUUGGAGUACGGAGAUUAUGAUGGAGACCCUGUUACCAAGGUGAUGCUGCAGCCUCUCACAGGUCGUACCCACCAACUGAGGGUUCACUGUGAGGCGGUAGGGCACCCCAUCGUAGGAGACCACACCUACAGCCUGGGAGAGGACAGCGCCCCCUAUCGCAUGAUGCUGCACGCACACCUCCUACACCUCCCUCUGGAGCCACUCCCCCUGCAGGCCGCCGCCCCCGACCCCUUCACCACGCCCACUGACCCCCGCUGGCGCCCGCAGCGCUGCCUCCGGACUGUAGAGGGAGUCGUGGAGACCCUGCUGGAGCGCAGGGCGGCGGAGGAGAGGGACAGAGACAUCCUGGUCCACAGCUCCUACUAG